UUAUAAUAAUAAAAUGGAAAGUACUAAUAAAGCUAUUGAAGAAGAGAACACCCAGAUAAUCCGCCUAGAGAAGUCUGUCCUGGCAGAAGCCAAGGAGCAAGAGGUCACCACAUGUCAGAGCAUCCUCUAUAAGGUUCUUCCAGGUGAAGAAGUUGAUCCAUCGGAUCCAUCGGAUCCAGACUCCGAAGAAUUUUCAGGAAACAGUCAACUUUACAUUGUGACGACCGACAUCAGAGAUAAAAAACUGUUGAAAAGUUUGAAGUGUCUGAAGGUUUUUGAUAUAGAUUGGCUUCGUUUGAAUAGGAUUGAUUCUAAAAAUAGGCGUUUUGUUUUAAAUUUCUUACAAUCCUCAUUCCCAAAUAUAAUUAAGGAUCUCGAUUUUUGGUCCGGUGGCCAAAUGGAUCUGAAAAGAUGAAACUACUUAAACUCCCUGACCACACUCACCUCCAAAGUCGUUCAUGAAGUUUCCUUUAGUGAUUUCAGCAUCGGCCUGCCUCAACUCAAGAGGCUUGUGGCAGCUUUCAGGCAUGUGAGAGCUUUGAGAUUGACAUAUUGCAGGCUAUCUAUCCCAAGUGUUCCUGAUUUGUCAAAGGCACUGAAGAUUUGACGAAUCCAGGAAAUAAAUUUAGAAGGAUCAGGAGACUCGGAUAGAAGUGAUUGGGAGAACAACUUCGACGAGUUUGAGAACUUGGUACAAGGGUUAGCAAGCUCUCCAGAUUUAAGAUUGAGUCUUGAAGAAGUAGAUGUCUCUUUGUGCGGAGUAACCCAAAAUAAAGUUGAACAAGUCUUUGAAGAAAACCAGCUUGGAGAAGUUAACAUAAUUGUUGGUUUUUAA